GCGUAACUUUACGAACAGUUUUGUGUAUAACACCACCCUAAGGUUGAAAUAACAAUCAGUCAGUAAAAUCUUCUCCCAGCGGAAUCAUUUUUAUUUUGGUGCCCGUUUUGUCUUGGACUUUAUUUCUUAGCGGUUAUCUGUCCUUUUUUCCGCAAAAGGUCACUGUGAUAUAAACUCAUAUCACUCCAGGACAACAUCAUUGCACUGGUGUUACAGCUCGAUAUCUCUUCGAACGUUAUGUUUUGAGUUCAAAUUAUUGCCGCCGUGGACUACGUCGUACGUACAGAUGAUUUCAAAAUGAUUAAAACAGCAAUUUUAUUGGGAUUCUUUUUAACCUGUUGCAAUGCACAAUUGGAAUUUGCGAGUGUGUUGGAAGUAUUGACGAAGGCUAGUGGAUUACCUGCUAUUGAAUAUCUGAUUGAGAAUUCACCCAAUGAGGUGUCUAGUCAGUGUUUGAAUGAUCUACAAACUUAUCUAUCGGAUCUGUCCAUCGGGUCAAGAUAUGCGAGAAAAUUGGCAUCUUCGUUUGGUGAAUUUCCAGACGAGAGUGUUGAGUUUACCUGGACUGCAUAUGACUAUGGAGUCAUGGAGCAAUGUUUGGACGUGAACAAAGAUGAUGAAGAUAACUCGACUUUCGAUGCCCAUUACUGUAUGGCUAUGACUAUGAUAUCUACGUUGGAGGUACAUAUCGGGACGUGCUGGCCUUCUUCAUGCGAAAAUCAAGAUGCACAAGUCAUAUCAACGCAAUUGUCAUUGCUCCUUUUAAACAGUACUGAUCCUGGACUAAACUUCGUAUGCCUUGCUCGACCAGCAUGGGACCAAGAUGCUAUCGCAGUCCUCACGUUCUUUUGCGUCGUUGCUUCUCUGGUUUUGAUAGGAACUAUAUACGACCUCUACAUACGAAAACAUUGCAUCUCGGCUUCGGGGCUUUCGAAAGACCAAACGAACUCAAUGACCACGAAAACUGUAGUUAAUGGUUUUGUGAAUGAAAAAUACACUCCCACGGAUGAAGAAAAUUCCUCAUCAAAGAAUGACUUGGAAAGUGAGAUUCCUCCCAAAGAAGCUUAUCCAAGUAUGCCUGCAGCUCCGGAAGGCACUGCUAUCCAAAGUAUGUCGAUGGCAUCACUUCAGCAAUCACAUGAACCACGUAGAGAAUCGACUGAGCAGGAGACAGAAAAGAAAGCCGGCAAAUUAGAUGGAGUAUUAAUGUCUUAUUCCGCUGCUACCAAUCUCCGACUCAUACUGAGCGCCAAACCAUCUCGAUCUAAUCUUGGCGUUCUUAAUGGAUUGCGUGUCAUCAGCAUGUUCUGGAUUAUCCUCCUACAUUGUAACCUCUUCCUCUAUGGCUCAAAGAAAUUAGAUAACUAUUAUACCAUACUCAGCACAUCGACCAAGUUUCCUAGAAUGGCCAUACAUUACGGAACGUUCGGGGUAGAUACCUUCUUUGUUAUUGGAGGAUUGCUGGUUACAUACACUACGCUAUUGAAACUAAGGAAAUCGGAUGGGCAGAUGAACUGGCUCAUGUUUUAUUUCCAUCGAUACUGGCGCCUCACCCCUGCCCUGCUCGGGGCGCUGGCCCUCUGGAUCUCACUAGGAAAACAUCUAGCCGGUCAGGGUGCUAUGUUCGAGAUCUUCUAUGGAUAUGUCAGGUAUUGGUGCAAGCAGGAGUGGUGGACAUAUCCGCUUUACAUCAAUAAUCUCUACCCAUUCCCCGGUAAUAAUAACGCAUCGUGUAUGGGUUGGGCCUGGUAUUUGGCUUGUGAUAUGCAGUUCUAUUUAAUGAGUCCUCUCAUCAUCACAUUACUUUACAGGAAGAAACACUUAGGUAUCGGACUCAUCCUUUGCUUGACAACAGCAUCAAUUGCCUCAGCUGUCGGGAUCAGCUGGAAUUAUGGAGUUAAUCCUGUUGGACCUGAAUUUAAUGAUCGUCUUGGUGGUGAAAGUCUUGAUAUCACAUACACCAAACCAUACACACGGAUCCACUCUUACCUAGUGGGUAUGUUUGUGGGAUAUCUCCUCUUCAGAACGGUCGAUAGAAAGAUCAAGAUUCCUUGGUGGUUUGUUUUGAUUGGAUGGUCGGCUGCAUUUAUCCUUGGUAUGACGUGCGUCUACUCCCUGUAUGGUGCCCGAAUGAAUCCGGAUACUAUGGAACAGUUCGAAGCGGUUCUGUGGGAGGGGCUUUCUAGGUUUGCUUGGUCCAUCGCCAUCGCUUGGGUAUGCUUCUCAUGUAUCAAGGGAUAUGGAGGUAUAAUCAACUCUUUCCUCAGCUGGAACUUCUGGAUUCCAAUGGGACGGUUGACCUACUGUGCCUAUCUUAUACAUCCUCUGGUCAUCUAUAACGCUCUCAUGAGCGGCAAGGCUCUUUUCCACUUCGGAAUUAUUUCCUUCAGCUUCUACUUUGUUGGAAGUGUGGUGUUUUCUUACCUCGCUGCUCUCAUCCUUUCUCUCUUGAUGGAAGUACCGGCUGCUGGUCUGGAAAAAGUCCUAUUCGGUCGGGAUUAAUGUGGAACCCAGAUGCUAUCUAUUGCAUUUUAUUCUUGGUGGAGUCUAGGACCUGUCUUACAUAGAGCUCUAAAUGAUCUGAUUAAUCUCAACUAUGGAAAUUCAUCAAAACGAUCAAUAUCACCAUCCUUGAUAUAUUUAUAUCAGGAAAUGUAAACGAUGUCCCUUUUUAAAAUAUAAAUGGGAAAACUGAUUUGUCUAGGUACUGAUGCGAGUAUAUAUCGUAUCCAUAAAAAAAUGAUGUAUGUAUUCUAUAGAUGUUGGCGUCGCUUGUUUUCCAUAGUUGCAAUUUUAUUUUUAAAGUUGUACAUAUAGUAAAAACAUAAUGGUAAAUCAGAGCAAAGUUUAUAUAAAAAGAAUUGCAGAAUAUGGAAUUUAGGGGGUCCACUAACAAUUCUUUUAGAAUGUUGUAAUCAUUGUCUUUGAUAAUUACGAAUGGUAAAUGUAAUGCAUAAUUGAUCAUUAAUGACUCUUUGUAACUCGAGGUUCUGGAUUGCUAAGCACUGAUAUUAUUCAUGUUAUUUUAUAUUCUGUUUAUAACAAUAAACAUGAUAAAAUUUAGUUCUACUUCUACCUCAUAAUUAUGAUUGCAAGAAAGAAUGAAUUCACAUAGGAAGAACUCGAAAGCUGUUUUUAAAAAGGUAAACAUUUGUUUUGUAACUCUAUUACUUUUCAAUAUAGGUCUAUUAUUAAACACUAUGUUUAAAUGAUUGUCAGUCACAUUGGAUUCUGCAUUACAAAUGGUUUAAGAUUGACAAUUAUAAAUCAGCGUAGUGGAAUCUAAUAUCGUAAAGGUAUCAGAAAUAUUAAUACAGUUUAUCACUCAUGCAUUGCAAAGUUCAAUUCAAUUCAGUCUGGGGUAGUUGUACUUCUCGGCGUAUUAAAUGUUGCUUUAGUUGUUAAACAGUAUUUAUUGAAUAGAUAUUGUUAAAGUUAAAAUUAAUAUUGAUUGAUUGAAUGACUGAUUGAUCUUAUUUGCCAGGGGGCCGUUUCAUAAAGCUGUUCGUAAGUUAAGAGCGGCUUUAAGAACGACUGGUGAUCCUUUCUUACGCGCUAAACCAUCGCCAAUGAAUAUACCAUUUACCACAAGAAAGGAUCACCAGUCGUUCUUAAAGUCGCUCUUAUCUUACGAACAGCUUUAUGAAACACCCACCUGGUAUUAUAACAGGUACAAGUUUGAUUUUUUAAAAAAAUCAAAAUUCCUUGACGGAACAGCCAAUGAGAGCCGAGAUGAAUUAUUUCCAACAGGGUCCAAUAUUAAAAUGACGAUUUUCUGUUGGGUGAUGCAUGUGAGACGAACUUACACAAAAAUUUAAGUGGAAUGAUUGAACAGCUGACCGAUAGCAUUGUUUUAUUCUGUGUCAACGGAUGGAAGAAUAUUGGUUUUAUCACACUAACGCCAGUAUGAACGGUCUGAACUUGCGAAAAAUUGUCCUUUUUGCAUUCUUAAUCAGACAAACAAAGUAGGCAAUUAUGAUUAUAUUCAUCAACUUUAUUUGAACUCUCAUACGAAAAGUCUAUACAAAAAUAUUGGCAAUAAAUACUACCUUCACAAUGUCUUACAUAAUUAUAUAGUUCUGUUAAAUGUCAAUAGUAAUCAUAUUUACAAUACUGUUCAUACGUUCAUUCCUAUUAAAACACUUUUUACAAUCCAAUAAUCACGGUUUUAACCUAGCAAUGUAGGUGAUGAUGUGUGAAUGUCCGAGUCAAAUCCGAUUACACACAGUUUCCUUUCUUUCUUUCGUUUUCUUUUGUUUUAAAGCACUUCAGUGUAACUAUAACACGUUAUAGUUAGGACCUCCAUGGAUACCAUAUUCCAGAUAGGAUAAAUAUGAAAAUAUGAAAUUUGUACAGUAUAAUACAUGGGUCAAGAAUACACGCCAUAUGCAGGUAUGGAUAUUGGAAUGAUUUCGAUAAUUAAUUGAUCAUUUAUUUUCAAGCAACAAUGGGGAUCAAAAGGAUUUUAAAGAUUUGUUAAAAACUUUUCCCCAAAAAAGCUGGAUGAAAUAUUGAUGCAUGAUAGCUGCUAAUUGUAUCAUUAUAAUUCUUGUACUUCAUUCUUUACACUCUUCUCUUUUGGUUCCUCAAGUAAAUAGAAAAUAAACACGAACCUUAAUUUUGUCGCUC